AUGGCUUCUACGGCCUUUCCUGAAUCUUUGGACUCGCUAAUUAUAGCUAGAGGCGGUGCUUAUGCUCCAGCAACAGCUACACUGUGUUCACUCAUAAUUUUCUUGUGGGUUUUGCACAGAUUUAGCGUGAAAAGGACGAAUACACUGGGAUCGACAUUACCCCCAGGACCGUUUUCAUGGCCUGUUAUAGGAAAUCUGAACCAACUGAGAAAGCUCCCUCAUCGCGAUCUUCAUGCACUUGCUAAGAAAUAUGGGCCCAUUAUGAUGUUGAAAUUGGGUUCUGUUCCCACUGUUGUGGUUUCCUCUUCUGCCAUGGCAAAGGAGUUCUUGAAAACCCACGACUUAGUUUUUGCAAGCCGACCUCUUUGUGCUGCGGGGAAAUACCUUGCUUAUAAUUACAAGGACAUGGCGUUUGCUCCUUAUGGGCCUUAUUGGAGGCACAUAAGGAAGCUGUGCGUGGCAGAAUUGCUGAAUACCAAAAGGAUCGAUUCCUUCAGAUACGUACGAGAGGAAGAAAUGCUUGUCAUUGUUCGUUCAGUGUGGGAGAUGUCUGGGCAGGGUGGGAAGCCUCUUAUGUCACCAACUUGUUUUCAUCGUUUGGGCAGGCUGUUAUGUGGCGAAUCCUUUCCGGUACCAAAAUUUCAUUUCACGGUGAUACUCAUCUGGGUGGUCAUGGCGAAGAGAUAA